GCUGUUGUCUUUUAUUUGCAUGUGUCAUUGCGUUGAGUGCAUAACGCUCAUGACACAGCAGUGAUACAGAAUAUGUUCCAAGUUUGAGAAAAUAUUGUUUAGUUUGGGAUGAGGAAGCAUGCUGUUGGUUGAAACUGUUGGAAGAAAUUGUAACUGUUGCUGUUAUCAAAACUGAAAGAAAAUGAAAAACAUGCAAAUGUUGAGGGUUUUUCCUGUGAAGCCGCUGUGGAAAUGCAAUACUUCAUUACAGAACAUACAGAUCCUCCAGUCUCUACCACAUUCAAAUUAACACAUUUCCAGAGAAUUACAGCAACAAAGACCAACACAUACUGUAGAAGAAAAAAAGGAAAAACAUGUGAACGAGGAAGAAGAAUGCAAAGGGCUUUUGUUUAGAGUAAUAAACAAAUGAUGAGAUGCUGAACAAGAGCAGAUAAAAUAAUCACAUUGUUUAAAGCUAAAGACAGAAACAUCAGACUCCGGACAGAAACACACAACCUCUAAAGUAAGAAAAGCGUAUAUGCUCAUUCUUUAGCUAGAAUUAUACUUUGAUAUAUUAAUAUUGUCUUAAUAAUUGUGCAUGCUGAAUUCCUGUUAAAAUUGAUUUUUAAUUAUCACUGAAAUCAUAUUUUACACCAAAAUCAAUCAGUGAAUAUUUAACAUCUGAGUUUUUCUAUACUUUUUCCUUUUAGAAAUGGAUCAAACGCUAUAUUUCAUUCUUCUUCUCAUUGCUCUCUGCUCCGUAUCUGAAUGUGUUCAGCGUCAGUAUCGCUUUAUAAAUGAGAGGAAGAACUGGACUGAAGCUCAGAGAUACUGCAGAGAGAAUUACACAGAUCUGGCCACCGCUGACAACAUGAACGACAUGAACGAGCUGAACGAGCUGAACGAGCUGAAGAAGAGCGUGAAUAAUGGACGUGUCUGGAUUGGGCUGCAGAAGACGGGUCGUGAUGAAUGGCACUGGCCUUCAGGUGAACCUGUGCUCUAUCUGAAUUGGGGACCUGGACAACCAGAAGGCAGAGAUUAUUGUGCUAUGAUGCUGAAUGGAAAAUUUGAGGAUUUGCCAUGUAGUGAUAACCGACAUUUCAUCUGCAACAACACAAACACAGGACUCAUCUUUGUCAAUCAGAUGAUGAACUGGAGAGACGCUCAGAGUUACUGCAGACAGAAUAACACUGAUCUGGUCAGUGUGAGGAACCAGAAUGAGAGUCUACAGGUUCAGAAGAUCAUUAGUGAUAGACAGUUAUCUGGAUCAUGGAUCUGGAUCGGUCUGUUCAGAGUCAGAGACUCGUGGCAGUGGUCAGAUCAGAGUGACUCCUCAUUCAGAUACUGGAAGUCUGGUGAACCUAAUAAUGCUGGAGGUGUUGAAAACUGUACAGCUGUCAGUCAGAAUGCUCAGGGACGAUGGAUUGACGUCUCUUGCACCGAUCAAUAUCCUUUUGUGUGUCAUGAAGAGUUUUUUCUGCUUGUGUUCGUUUGGUUUCCAGAUAAACUGAUUGUGAUCAGAGAGAGUCUGACGUGGUCUGAAGCUCUGAGAUACUGCAGACAGAAUCAUGUGGAUCUGGUCUCGGUUCAUUCAGAAGAGAUUCAGUAUGAGGUGGUGAACGUGGUUAAACGGGCGUCUACUGCGGAGGUGUGGAUGGGUUUACGUCACUCCUGCACGGUGGGCAUCUGGUUCUGGGUGAGUGGAGAGACUGUGUGCUAUCAGAACUGGGCUCCAGGGAACGGCACAUCAGCGGAGGACUGUGAAGACGCAGUGAGAUCUGGAGCAGUUCAGUCUGGAGGAGAUCAGCGCUGGAUCAGCCGUCCUGAACACCACAAACUCAACUUCAUCUGCAGCAGAUAUUAAGAGAGAAAGGAGUAAAAUGCUUGUGUGUUCACUUCCUUUAACUUCAUUUUCAUAUAUCAAGUAAAUAUUUUAAAAAUUUCAGUCUCAGCAGGCUGUUGCACCUGAGGGUUAAAAAGGCAGAAAAGUUUUGCUCAGAUGUUUGUUAAUAUAGUUCAAAUAUAUUCAAUCAGUAAGCUAUUAAUGUAUGUUUUGUGUUUACUAACUCUUUCAACAUGUGUGUGUGUGCAUGCGUUUUUGUGACAUAUGAGGGCACAAAUUUGUAUAAUGGCAUUGUAUGACAUGGUUAUUACAAGGAGAACGUGACUUAUGAGGACAUUGCCCCAUGUCCCCAUAUUUCAAAAGGCUUAUAAAUCAUACAGAAUCAUACAGUUUUUUUGAGAAAGUAAAAAUGCACAAAGUUUACUGUAAGGGGUAGGUUUAGGUGUAGGGCGACAGAAAAUACGCCAAUGAAAGUCCCCACAGUUCACAAAAACAAACGUGUGUGUGUCAUUUACUAACUUAGCAUCAUAGACUUACCAUUAGAUAUACAUUUAUAUUGUUCUCUAUUUGGUAUGAGAUUGAUGAAAUUUCUUAUUUGUGUUUUAAGGAUCAGUGUAUGUUGUUGCGGCAAUGCGGCUACUUCUCUCUGAUAUUGAGUUUCAUGUGUUAAUCAUGUUUUUAGAUUAGAAAUGUCUGGUUGAAUAUGAAUCAGUGAGCACCAGCAUUAUGUGCCUCUGCUAAAUUAAAUAUUGUUAAUUAUUAAAGGUGUUAAGUUUGGGUAUAAAAUAACAAGAAUCCGUGUGCACUAAACAUUAAAGAACGUGUCAGCAACAGCAGCUCAAAUAAACUCUUGUACAACCAGUAAUCUCAUCUUUGACUGUUUUCCAUCAUCAGAAUUAUAAAAUUCAACAUGGUUUCAAUCAUAAUUCAUUAAGGACUAUUAAGGCCAAAGUACACUUUGGUUUUUGCACAUACAGCACACGAGGGUCCGCAUACAGUGUGAAUGAUGCAAAUCGCAUACAUGCAUAUUUUUGUAACUGUUGUGUAUGCGCAGCUGUAGAAAAUGAUACUCCUUACUAAAGACAUGGAACAACUACAGUGACAAAAUAGCGGAGACUGCAACAACAACACCAGAUGUCUGCAUUGACAAAUACUUGUGUGAGAGGUUUAUGAGAGAGCUGUAACUUUAGAUUAAAAGAGUGCAAAGACAAUUUUAUCGGUCAUAAAUUCUGGAGAAAAGCACAUCAGAUGCUGGACAAAGAUGAAGCUUCUAGAGCACAUAUGUUUACUGCCUGCAUUCGUACACGCUAUCAAAUGGAGUAUACUUUGAAAGGCUACGCGUACAAAAAAGAAGUAUCAUUUUGGGCUUUAAGCUGUUUCCCAGUUUACAUGCUGGAUCCUUUAAAGGCUUCAUUUGAAGGCUAAAUGCAACACAACCCAAGGCCGUAACCAUGUCUUGAACACUGAGGGGGACCAACUUGCAUAUAUGUGUGCGUGUGUGUGUGUAUAUACAUAUUAGGGGUGGAAGGGUACACAGAUAUCACGGUUCAGUACAUACCUCGGUUCGGGGGUCAUGGUUCGAUACGAUUUCCGUACAACAGGAAAAAAAAAAAAAAAAAAAUCUACUAUGCUCGGUUUCUUUUCAUCUAUUUUGAACAGACAGUAGUGCAAAUU